UAUUUCUAGGAUACAAGUCAAUUUUUCCCCCCAACAAAUCACAGUUUAUCCAGGACUCUCAGACUUCAUGUAUGUGACAUAUGAAAUUCUAGGGGGAAUGGGACAGCAUGUGCACACACAAAACGUUUGACAUUUUAUUUUGAUUGAUGAAUUUAUUUAUUGCUUAUUUAUGUAUUUAUUUUUUUAGGUUAUGAUUUUGUAUUUAUUUCUACUGUCAUAUUUUCUAUGGAUAGUUCUGAAGGGGCUUGUUCUGGUGACGAGCGGAUAUGUUCUUCACACACCUGCAGGGCUGUCAUGAAGAGGAAAUAAAGCACUGCUUUGUAAGCUUGCUGGCUCACGCUGUUUCUCUCUUCUGCCUAUAUGUAAGGAAACGAGACAGGUGGUGACCCCUGAGGAAAACCACAGGCCGCUACACACUGCCGCCGCAUGCUCGCUAAUCCCUCGCGUGUCACCCAUCAGCCUGAGUGUCAACAUGCACCACCCCACACCACUGCAAUCUAUGCAGUCACAGGCACCAGAGCACCAACACUGUGUGUUGAAAUGUCUGCAGGAUACUUCAUGUUUUACAUGGAUGUUGUUCUGUAAAUAAAAACUUCCUGUGUACAUAUAAAUAUUUUAAUCAUAUGGCCUUGAAUGAAAACAGCAUUGUCGGCAGACAGAAAUUGGGUCAAAAGUUCAUAAGUAAUAUAAAUAAGAUCAUGUUGUCAUGGCAACAAGUCAUGACACAAUGAAUUUUUUGAGGGAGACAACUGGACAAUGCAAGGAGACUUGCAUUCAGGGAGAAUGUAUAUUGAAAUUAUAUAAGUAUCGUUCUUUAUUUCCCUACUCCCGAAAUUAAUAUUUCUGUAAAAACAACUAUGACUGGUUAUCAGUACAAUGUAUGACAUGUUUGGACUGUACUGCUGAAAUGCCAGGUAAAGUAACUUUAAACAUUUCUUCACAUAAGAACAUACAUUGAAAAUGAGAAUUGAUUGAUUUCAGCCAAAACGUUUGUAAUGUCUGAAGAAAAAACAAUCAUUCUGAGUAGCUUCCAUAUUUCCCACAUAAAACAAACAUGAAACUGGAAUGGCAGUUAGCGGAGAGCUGCGGAUGAAGGGCGUAGGACAUUUUCUCUGUUGUGCUUAUUGGGUUUGUGUUUUCAGUGCUGGAGAGACACCCAUUUUCAUCUCAUCUACACUUUCAGUGUUAUUCUGACUUUUUAGCUAUGAAGUGUUAGUAGAAGAAGCAUCAUACCUUUAGGAAAAAAAUCUCAAUUUGUGAUUGGAUGUUUUAAAAACCAAGGUCCAUGCUUUAUAGAUAAAUGCUAUUCUUGCCUUAAGGUCAAUACUUGUUCUCACCACACAAGUCUGUCAGUUGCCUGUGCUUGUACAGAGAAUGUACAGAGGUAGGAAGUGAUGUCAUGAAACAGGCAAAUGAUGCAUGCAAGGAGAUAAGGAGGGGUUGGAUUAUUUGAAGUGAGAACAAAAUAUGUAAAAUAAAUAAAUUUGCAACGAGUUGUGUGAGGUGCCAGCUUUGAAAUUCUGUAUUUCCAUUGGCUGGUCUGCCGCAUUUGACGCACUUCUUGACUGGCUGGUGAACCAUGACUCAUGGCUACUGGUGCAGCCUGGAUGUUAUAAAACCUUAGCGGCAGUUCGCCGUCAGCCCAGCAGACGAUCCGAUCCCACGGGGAAGGAGACAAGCAGAGCCAGCGAACAGCAGCAGCUAUGCCGCAGGACACAAGGACUCAUACAGACAGAGCAGUAUUGGCGCUGACAACCUUGGUGCUUGUCGCCUUUGUGGGAGCGGAUGUAGAGCCUACUGGAACCACAACGCCCGGCGUGCUGCCUGACGGGUCCCAUACACCUAAUGGAACAGGAAGUGUGGAACUUCCCCGUGUCCUGAAGGUGAUGAGUCCAUGCACUGGUGAGAAGGAGAAUUUCUGUGUGAAUGGUGUCUGCAGCUAUGACCCUGAGCUCAACACCCCCAGCUGCAGGUGUCCGCCAAAUUUCACAGGAGUGAGAUGUCAACACAUUCUGAUGAACUCGCAUAGCCAGAAAAACCCAGAGGCACUUAUUGCCAUCGGGGCUGGUGUUGCAGUGCUGCUCUGCUGCCUCGCUGGUGCCAUCUACUGCUGCAUGAAGAAAAGGUGCAAAAAUACAAAUCAGCCAUAUCAAAUUUGUCGACCUGAACGUGCAGUCUGAACUUCAAGACCCAAGGGGCACAGAGGAAGACAUUGUGGAUUCCUCUCCAUCACAGUUUUCAUACAUUACAAGCAGUUUUAACAACAAUCCUUGGAUCCAUGUUUUUUGGGGGCUAAUUUACCUAAUGCACAUUAGCAAGCCUUAUCUCAGUCUAUGAUAAUCCAACCAAUUUCAGCGAAGCAUAUUGUAACAGUACAUUUGCUGUAAUAUUUAUGAUUUGACUUGUUUCACAUGGCCUGAUUUCAUACCUACAUAGCCUGGCAUUUCCUAUGUUAUAUCAGUGUGUCAUUCUUUCUUUUGUUUACAGAAAAAUGUUUUACGGAUGAAAAAGGGCUUAGGAACUAGAAAAAAUAACAAGCUAAAUCAGGAAGCAAUAUUUAAGCAUCUUCCGACAAUAUGAGACUAAAUGGUUGAUCCAUGCAUGAAGUUUACCAUCCAUAAUCUUCAUCAUUAUAGUUCAUCAUCAUUCUGACACCUUCAUCAUCCUCUUUUCCAAAGGUUGAGCUUAGGUUCAGGCAUUUGGUUUAUGAUCAUAAAGAAAUAAUUACCAUGUAAAUAAAAGCAAAUCUAUGUGAGGAUAUUUAUUUUAAAUUUAUAAUUUAUUAAGGUAUGUGUAAAAUAUAUAUUUAGCAAUUUUUCUAA